AUGGUAAAAACCUUUCUAUGGCGUUGCAUGAGACAUAUCUUACCGGUGCGUGAAGUUCUAAAGUCUAAAGGUGUGAGUUUUGGAGGAGGAUGUCCACUUUGUAGUUCACAGUAUGAAACAAUAUCACAUAUUUUAUGUGAAUGUACUGUGGCUCGUCAACUCUGGUGUUGUGAUGAUGUGCUUCAUGGACUGAGCUUUGUGGAUUUUGUGGAAUCAACACUACGUGACACAGAUGUGGAGCUAGGAGUUCUUAUGGCUGUUAAGUUUUGGGUGUUGUGGAAAGUCCGUAACGAUGCGGUUUGGAAUAGUAAACAGUGGCAGCUAGCUGAUAUGCGGCGUUACAUGGGUUCUCUUCUUUCUGCAUGGCAGGAAGCUUGGCCAACAAUUUCUAGCACAGGUCAGGCGCAGCUUGUACGUAAUAAUGAUUGGAAACCACCUCCACUUGGUUUCUUGAAAUGUAAUGUUGACGCUGCUAUCCAUUCCGCUGGUGCGACAUUUGGUGCUGUUCUUCGUAAUCAUGAGGGUCUCUUUGUGGCGGCGCUAAGUGGUCAAUUGCAUUGCUCUCAGGAUCCCUAUCUAGCAGAAGCUUUGGCUGUGAAGGAGGCGCUUUCAUGGAUCAAGUCGCGUCCGAAGAGAAGAUUUUUUAAGGAGAGAAGAUUUUAUAUGGAGUCAGAUUGUUUAAAUUUCUGUUCAAGUUUUAAUUCUGUUAGACAAGAUUUUUCUAUAGUUGGUUUAGUUACUAAGCAGUGUCGUUCGAUUGCUUGUGACAUUGGGAACGUUUUGGUUCGUCAUGUCAAUAGGUCGGCGAAUCAAGUGGCUCAUAUGUUAGCACGGGCAACUGGUUCUUCCUUUGUCCUUCGGGUGUGGGAGUCUGCCCGCCUAGUUGUAUUUCGCAUUGGUUUUAAUAUAUGGUAUUCCUUUGUUUGUCAAAAAAUUAUUGUUUGA